AUGGGUGACGCAGGCAUGAUCCUCUUUGGCCCGGCCGGCCGCGAGGUCCUCGCGGCGGGGACCAUCAUCUUCGCCGUCUUCGCGACGGGGUCGCAGCUCCUCGCGGGCCAGACGGCCCUCUCGGCCCUCUCGGACAGCCGGCUGUGCCUGAUGCUCUACACGGGCGUCUUCGCCGUGCCGACGCUGCUCUUCUCCCUGCCCCGGACGAUGGACCGCCUCUCGUGGCUCAGCAUCCCCGCCGUCGCCUCGAUCCUGGUCGCGGGCGUCAUCGGCAUGGUCGGCGCGGGGCUGCACCCCGUCGAGGGGCGGACGGUCGACAUAGCCAGGUCGUCCGACUUCGUCGCCGCCUUCGUGUCCAUCACGAACCCCGGCUUCGCGACGAGCUUCUACGUCGUCUUCUCGGUGGUCACGUACUACUACCUCGGGUCCGAGGUGUCCAGCCCGUCCUUCUCCUCGCUGCCGCCCGUCUGGGCAAAGGCGGCCUACGGCGUCGCCAUCCCCAACUUCCUCAUCGCCGGCUCGCUGUACUCGCACACCGCGGCCAAGCUGGUGUUCGUCAGGAUGUUCCGGCGCUCGCGCCACCUGCACCAGCACUCGGUGCUCGGUUGGGGGGUCUGGGUGUUCCUCAUUUUUCUGGCCAAUGGCGCCGCGUUCGUGCUUGCUGUCGGAGUGCCCAUAUUCAACUACCUCAUCGGCAUCUCGGCAAGCCUGUUUGCCUCGUGGUACACAUAUGGCAUCGCCGGGUUCUUCUGGCUCUACGACGCGUACCAUUACGGGCACACCAGUGUGGCCAAAGUGCAGAGAUGA